AUGCCAAGUCAAACAUUCAACGUCCCGACCCUUAGAGUUUUAACGUCUCUAAACAUAAAAAUUUCCUAUGGACUAUCAAUGCCCGUUGAGCUCCGAUAUUUUGGAGAAAAUCACCAGGAAUACCCCUCCACCAAGGAACUGUUGCCAUUGCCUUGCGUAAAGAACGAUAAAUGGCUUCGGACCUCUCUGCGACGACAUCAACUUACACCACCGUCGCUCGUAACCGCUCCUAUAUAUAAUGCUCUCCGUGCCCACUCAAUUCGCAAGAUAAAACUAAACUGUCAGCCCUCAGUAGUUGCGGAGUGCUUUUUCGGCGAUACUCAAGCUCCAAUAUUUUGCUUUCCACCAAAUAGGCCGUGGACGAACCAGAACAUCGCCCGUGAACAGCUCAUGGCACAUAAUAACCACCAUGAUUCCUCUGAGGAACCCCCGGUUUAUGGGUUAAUGACUCGAACUCUGGUGCAAUCACCGGUCAUUCGCCAGAUCAUCCCGGCUCGCAUCAGGAGUAAGGAUUUGAACGAUGUUGUAUUCAUUGGGGAAGCAUUUAUAGAAUUACACAUUCUCACGGAAGAUGGUAAACUCCGUCAGGUUGGAUCAAAGACAGAUUUUCAAGCCGACAUUCGGCAUGCCAGAGUUUUUGGCUCGCCGAGAAAACACUUUUAUUCGGCUCAAGAUGCAAUCUUUAGGCAAGGGCUAGCAAGCCAGUUACAAGACGAUACGGAUAUGCGAGGAGACGGGGAAGAUGCUAGUAAACAGAUGUUACCACCCCAUAUACUCGCUCUAACUCUAGAUUCGGGUCAUCUUGCUUUCAUCUACGCAAAAGAUUCUGAGGUACAGGGAGAAGUGGAUUUCGUGGUUUCAACAAAGAGAAUAGAUUCAAAAGGAGUCCACCCAGCAACUUUGGGAAAAUCCAUAGCUAUAGAUCCCCGAUCCAGGGCAUUGGCGGUAGCUGCUUACCAGGAUCAUUUCCGGAUGUAUGCGCUUCACUCCACAGAAGAAUUGGAGCAGCAAGUACGCAUGGGGAAAACUCUGAACCCAAUCAAAGAGGAAAAGAAUUUCGAAGUCAAAGGCUUGAUCCUACAUAUGGAAUUCCUUCACCCAUCUCCUGAUGACCAGGAUCACGUGAUUUUAUUAUUAUUUGUGAUCGAUACGAACCAAAAAUCACGCUUACACUUAUAUGAGUGGUGGACCUCAAAAUCGUUACGGACGGCAACUAAACAUGGAAACCAUGGAUUCCGUCUACCCAAUGAUAUAUCCAUGCCUUUACAUGUGAUACCACUCGUUAUCAGUUCCGCGUUUCUACUAGUCACAGAGUUUUCAACGCAUGUUGUGAAGGCCUCAGACAUCAUGUCAGGGAGCCCUUCAUUCGCAAAUAUUGCAUUUCCGCCUGCCCCUCCGAAUGGUCAGCGACGAGUUCUUGUAACUUCAUGGGCCCGACCUUUAAGGACUCCAAAUUAUGCAUAUAACCACGAUGAUAUGUAUCUUGCUAUGGAAGAUGGCGAUAUCUUUUUUUUGGAAGUAGAUACGCAGGGACCAAAUCUAAUACAGUUGGCCAACAAAGCAUGCCAUCUCGAUUGCUCGAUAGGGACGGCGUUCGCAUCGUUGGAUUUUGGGUUGACUAAAAAUGAUAUGCUUGUUGCAGGCGGGGAGAUGAGCAGUGGUGGAGUAUAUCUAUUAAAGAUAGGACCACAUCCUGUGGAGACUGAACCAAAGCUUGAAGAAUCCGUCGCCAAUUGGUCACCAGUUUUCGAUUUUGAUCUUGUGAAAAUACCUGCCCAAGGUCAUGCCAGUGGGAAGGCAGAAAGGGACCGUGUAUUCGCUUGCACAGGUCGCGGAGACCAUGGCGCAAUCACUGAACUGCGAUACGGGAUUCAAGCAAGAAUCCAAGGCUCGGCAGAAUAUCAUUCUGGCGUUAGGCGACUUUGGGUGCUUCCCGAUUCUUCUGGUGAAGGCUAUUUCCUGCUUUCUUCGUUGCCAGAUAAGUCAAAUUUGUGUUUCCUAACACCAUCUGGGGACUGGGAGGAGGCAAGCGAGUUUGGUCUUUUGGAGAUGGAUGAAACCACGCUGGCUGCAGGUGCUGUGGGAGCACUUUCUGUGCAAGUUACACCCAGUGCAAUCAUCAUUGCCCAAUUAAAGGAGGGGAAUCUCGCUCUUCGUAGAGAUGGUGAUCGAGAUGUUGAUCGAGAUGUUCCUAUGGCAGAUAUUGGGAUGGAUAUGGAAAGUCCUCUCAUCAUGAAGGAUGAGUGUAAUGUGGGAGAAAUCAUUGUAGCAGCGGCACUAAAGGACAAAUUUUUAGUAGUUGCAAUUCGAAAGGGUGUUGUAGUGGAGUUGAUACUAGCUACUAUACAAGUCGGUGAGAAUACCAGUGGGAAAUUUCUUAAUCCUGUUGGUUUACCUACCACCCUGUCUGAAGACCCAACCUUCAUAACUAUCUUAGAAAUAAAUCAACGCAUGCUGGUAGUUGUUGGAACGCAGAAAGCCACGAUUCAAAUGUUCCUUUUUGAUCUGUCGAACGGGUUAAUACCAUUGUUAGAUAAACCAAUGUAUGAGGGGAACACUGAAGGUCAACUGGCUUUGUUCACCUGCGAGUCUGUAGCACUCCUCACCGCUAAUAACUCCUCGACGUUACUGUGUGGGUUGAGAGGCGGCACUGUGCUUGCACUAAAUGUGGAAUGGGAAAGAGGCCUUACUCUCGAGAGAAUCGAGGAGAUAAAAUUCGGGCCAACCCCAGUUCAGCUCCAUCCUGAUGUGCGACGGCGUGACUCAGCCUUUGUUUUGGCAGGACCUGAGCUCUUUCGAUUUGAUUCUCCAAAUGGGAAAUUCAGAGCUUCCCAGGUUGUAUUUGAGGAGUCUGAUGUUGAACCAUCAUUAGUCGCCUUUGCGCAAAUCAACUCACUAGAUUCAGAAAAUAUCGUGAUUGGUAUGACCAAGGACCAAAUAUUUUAUGCUGACGUUGGGGAAAGUGAGAAGGUUUGUGUUCGUAGGCUUCGCCUAAAUGAGACACCGAGAAAGCUCUUGUUUUACAAGCCUCUUAAUGUCCUUAUUGUUGCCUGCUCGCGGACUGCAUCCGAUGAUCCCCGAGUUGAGAGCGAGAGACACAUUCCUGGAAGAAGAAGAUCGUUUUGUUCUCUGAGAUUCCUAGAUCCCAGAACUGGAGAGUCCAAGGCCGACCGAGAUAUCCGUGACAGUUCAAAAAAGGAGCUUAUAUUUGGAAAAGCGAAUGAGCAGAUCUACUGCCUUGCAGAAUGGAACAUUGAAAUCGAGAAUAAACCCUACCGUUACAUCGUAUUAGGAACAGAUUAUAUCAACGUCACAACCCAAGAUGUACACAAGGGCAGGGUUAUUGUGCUUUCUGUUAUCCUUGGACCUUCUGGAAACAUCGAGGUUCGACGACGAUUCCAGAUACAAUGCGAUGAACCCGUUUAUUCUUUAGCACCCUAUAGCACUAAUUCCCUGGUAUAUUGCUCAGGAGACAUGAUCUACAUGAAGACCUUUAAUACAUCAUCAAAGAAGUUUGAUGAUGUCGCCAAGGCGAAAGUUCGAUCGCCUGCUGUGCAAAUAUCGGUGACGGGACCGUUAAUUCACCUAUCUUGUAGCGCCGAUUCAAUGCUCAUUUUCAGAUUCGAAUAUGGAGAGUUCAAGGAGCUUGUCAGCGAUGAUACCGCUCGCAAUGGGUUUCAUCAUUUCCAGCUUUUCAAAAAUUUCUUCCUAGCUACUGAUAAGCAGUAUGGCAUUGCUGGACUAUGGCGACCCCCAAAUCCCCGUAAUGUGGAGAGUUUGGUGACAGUGGUAGAGGCGGAAUUAACCAGUUCCAUAUCCCGGAUAAGGAAGGGAAAUGUGAGGCCACCGUGGCAGCUCAAUAAACCACGUCCUGGUGUCGUUUUUCAGGACCAAGAUCUCAUUGCUGCUGGCGUGAAUGGCUCAAUUUUCCAACUCACACUCUUGGAGGAAGGCCCCUUACGACUAUUGAAAUAUAUCCAGGAUCUUUAUAGAUCCAAAGCUGGUAUGAGCCGGCGCAACCUAUCAGCAUUGGGAGACCAUGAUCCACAACUAGGUCAAGUGGAUGGAGAUAUCUUGGUGACAAUUUUGAAGCUUGGAAAUGAAUGGUUGAGAGAUUUGGUGGUAAAGUCGGACAGAGGUGAUCCUAAUAUGCCCAAAUUAAGGGAACUCGCUGGUAGAGUUUUGGAUGUGUUUGGGGAAACAGAAUUGAUCGAAGAAGUUAUGGGAUACAUGGAUACUUUGGUGAACAGUGUCGUCUUGUAG